CACAGGGCAAAACAACAUCAUCUGGCAGUGAUAGAGUUUCCAGAGAACCUAGGUUUGUGCUAUUUGAGGGUAAGUUCAGACAGUGGAUCUCUCAGAGUUACCCCUUGCUCUAUUACAUUUCUUUUCAAGUAUUUACUAAGCCUUUGGAAAAGACUUAACAUCACAGCCUGCUGUUAGUUGUACCCUUGAGCUUGCUCCACUUUCUCUGAGGAAUAUCAAGCAUUCCACAAAGUCACUGCUAGAAGCAAUGGUGAAAGUCAUCUGUGCAAGACAGUGGUGCCCAAUGGGGCUGCAUCCUCAUAGGAGUGAGAGAUGGCAGGGCUAUAGCAGGUCCAGAAAGUCGGGGCAUCAGAACAGAAGGGAUUAACCCUAAGAACACAAGAACUACCUCAGAAAUGCAGAAGAACAAGUUUCUGAAGGCUUAUGCCAUCAUAAUUUGAACACUAAAAUUAUGUAUGAUAUUUUGUCAUCACUGGCUAGUGAAAUAGGAUGUAUAUUCACAACUCUGUACACCUUAGCCAGUCUCCAGGAUGGCUCCCAAUGAUUCUCAUUUUGUUGUAUUCAUGUCCUUCUAUAGUCUUCUCUCACAGUGAAUCAGAGCUAGUCUAUGUGAACAAUAGACUAUAGCAGAGGUUAUAGUGGGUGACUUCAAAAAGUAGGUUGUAAAGGACUUAUAACUUCUGCUCUGGUCUCUUGGAUUGGCUGCUUUGGGAGAGGCCAGCAGUCAUCAUAUGAAGAUUCUUACGCAGCUCUGUGGAGAGGCCCCCAAGAGGAGAAACUGAGGCCUCCACCAACAUUGCCAGCACCAACUUGCCAGCCAUGAAUGCCGGUGGCCUGGGGGACAGAGAUGCCUGGACUUGAGCUGUGGAGAGAGGAAACUUCAAGCGAGAGGCGUCUCCAGGUAAUUUAUCCUCAACAUUCCAAACUUACUGAUAAAGAAAAAACCAAUAUUUGCUAUUUGUCUUUUCCAGAUUCAAAUUCAGGUUGUCUUGGAGAUACCCAGUUUUGUUUUAGGUUUCGACAAUCUUCUGGGAGGAGGGUGUCACUGCAUUGUCUCCUGGAUCAUUAUGACAAAGAUUUACCAGUUUACUUAAAGAAAGAUCCUGCUUAUUUUUAUGGAUAUGUGUAUUUCCGACAAGUUCGAGAUAAAAGUCUAAAAAGAGGCUACUUCCAGAAGUCCUUGGUUUUGAUCAGCAAACUACCUUAUAUUCAUUUUUUUCAUACUGUGCUCAAACAAAUAGCACCAGAGUAUUUUGAAAAGAGUGAACCUUAUUUGGAAGCAGCUUGUAAUGAUGUUGAUCGAUGGCCUGCCCCAGUGCCAGGGAAGACAUUACAUCUGCCUAUUAUGGGGGUUGUAAUGAAGGUACGGAUUCCCACAUGUCAUGACAAGCCUGGGACAACUCAAAUAGCGCAGUUAACUCAGCAGGCAGACACACAUAUAUCUGUUAUUUUACCUACUGUUCAUGAGGUGGAUCUUUUCAGAUGUUUCUGCCCAGUUUUCCUUCAUAGUCAGAUGCUUUGGGAGCUGGUUCUGUUGGGGGAGCCCCUUGUGGUCAUGGCACCAUCACCAUCAGAGUCAUCAGAGACUGUAUUGGCACUUGUUAACUGUAUUUCUCCAUUAAAGUACUUCAGUGACUUCCGACCUUAUUUCACUAUUCAUGACAGUGAAUUCAAAGAAUAUACUACUCGUACUCAAGCCCCGCCUUCAGUCAUAUUAGGAGUAACCAACCCUUUUUUUGCAAAAACACUCCAGCACUGGCCACACAUUAUUCGAAUAGGAGACCUUAAACCUGCAGGUGAAAUUCCUAAGCAGGUUAAAGUAAAAAAAUUGAAGAACCUAAAGACACUGGAUUCUAAACCUGGAGUUUAUACUUCUUAUAAGCCAUAUCUAAACAGAGAUGAAGAGAUCAUAAAACAAUUACAGAAGGGUGUACAACAGAAGCGUCCUUCAGAGGCUCAAAGCGUUAUUCUCCGACGCUAUUUUUUGGAACUGACGCAAAGCUUCAUCAUUCCAUUAGAAAGAUACGUGGCAAGCUUGAUGCCUUUGCAGAAAAGUAUCUCUCCAUGGAAGAGUCCACCCCAAUUAAGACAGUUCCUUCCAGAAGAAUUUAUGAAAACACUUGAGAAAACAGGACCUCAGCUGACCUCUAGAAUAAAAGGCGAUUGGAUUGGACUUUACCGGCACUUUCUAAAAUCUCCAAAUUUUGAUGGUUGGUUCAAGACCCGACGGAAGGAAAUGACCCAGAAAUUGGAGGCACUCCAUUUAGAAGCUCUUUGUGAAGAGGACUUACUUCUCUGGACCCAGAAACACACAGAAGUAGAAACAGUAGACCUUGUAUUGAAGCUAAAAAAUAAGCUGUUGCAGGCUGAUCGAGAGCGCUUGCCUGUGAAACCUGACACCAUGGAAAAGUUACGGACACACAUAGAUGCAAUUAUCUUAGCAUUACCAGAGGACCUACAAGGCAUACUGCUCAAAACAGGCAUGACAUGACACUUGCCAGGAUUUUCCAGCCGAAAAAGAUUGUGCACCAUGAAGCAUACUGACAUUUCAACCCAACGCACAAGGGAGAUGUCUCAGUGUGGAAAAUAGCCGUGAAUGCUAGCUACAGGGUGGAAAGACUAUACUGACUAAACAGACCUUUUUAGUGCAUUAUUUUUAAAAAUGGAUAUCUGUGGUGGUUCCACUUUAAUACUGAAAUACCGAAAGGCAUUUCUAUAUUUUUAAUCAUGUUCAAAGUGCUCUUAUGAGAGACCUGUGGGGCCAUCAGUUUAAGUGAUUCCAAACUGCAGUGCUGGCAUUGCAGAUAUUUUUUUAAAUUGGUGCUGUUUUGCCCAAUCAUGUUAAAACUCAGGGGGAUAUAAAAAUAACAUUCACACUGGCUAUCUUCUUAAGAAGAAGGAAAAGACUGAUCUGUCCGACUGUAGUUAAAAGUAAUUAAUGCUUUUGUAGUGCCUUCUGUUGUCCUACAUGUUUCACAAAGGCCAGCUGCUAGUCUUGAAGCUUUUUCUUAACUUGAUUAUGAUAUGUAAUUUUAUAAGGCAUUCUUCUGAGUAAUCACUGCUUAAAGACGUUUCUUGCCUCCCAUCAUCAUGUGUAUUAGUAGUGCCCUGAUGUGAUCUUUUUUUGUCAUGUAGGUUUCAUUUCAUUAAAUUCUAUUAUCAUUUCAAGUUUAGUCUUACCAGUUUCUCCAAAGGCAAGAACGCAUCUAGUAUUAAUUAUGGAAGAGUUUAAUCUCUUCUUAACCGUUUACUAGUUGAACCUGUUUAGGUUAAUUAGCUUGGAUGUUUUCCAGAGACAUUCUAAUUGUAAACCUCAUAAUCAGCUAUUUUUAACUGAAUUCUCAUGUCAAAGGCAUUCAUAAACCUUUUGUGUUAUAGGCAUGUGAGUGAUUGAUUAUAAGAUUAGUUUUCAGCAUUAUUUGUUUGGUAGGGGUCCCCCCCCCAUUAUAUUUCUCAGAAUACUGUCCCUACUGUUGUUGGACAUGGGGACUUUGCCUAAAUCACUGUUAAGCAAGCUAGUUUUUUUAUUGCACCACUAGGCUUAUUUUGUUUCAGUUUUGUUUUGUUUAUACUACCUUGCCAAAAAUAGAAGAUUGUGAUUUGGUAAAGUUAGGUUGUUUGGUUUGUGUUUGAGUAGGAGUGUCCUCCAGAAGCCACUAUUUAAAAUAGCCACACAUGACAUAGCACAUAUGUAAAUAGCUGUGUCUUGAAUUACCCUCUCAGUAACCACAUUUAGUUGUAUGUGUUUGUAAAAGAAAUGGCUUCAGAAGCUGUCUCUUGUUUUCUGUUAAUGUAACUCUUAAGGGCACUCCUGACCCAGAAAGCCUCUUUGUGUUUGUAACUGUGGUCUUAUACCUAAAUGUGCCCUUUUCUCCUGGAUACAGUCUCUUGAAGCAUACCUCAAAGUCAUAGAGAGAAUAUGGCAUUUGAAAGAAAUCAUUUGCCUUGGAUCAUAUGAGUUAUUUUGUGAAACAACAUUGUCCUUAUGGAAAGGGGCAACUACUUUUAUAUGCUAAAGUAUUUCAUAUCUUUCUGGGAAACCUUAUUUAGGUAUAAAUGGUCAUCUUAUUAUUUUUCAAAAAGGAGUAUUUUAAUAAUCUUACAAUUUAUAUGCAGUUUGUGACCAGAAUUUGAAAGUUGUUAGUGUCAUAUCAAGGAUCUUUUAAAUUAUGCCACUACAGGAUGUAUCAUUUCAAGUUUAUUUUGCACAGCUAAAGAGUAGCAAAGGAUGCCAAGUAGCAGAAUAACAGUAGCUUCAUAUUUACUGUAUUUAACUAAAACCUAACACAUGUUGAAAUCCAUACCAUACUUACCUGGUUUAUCUAUUAAUUUCAAAUUAUGUACUUGUAAAAGUAACUGAAAAUUGCAUUGGGAAUCUGAGAAAGACUGGUAAUUUUUUGUGUGAUUUUCAGUGUUGUCUUCUUUUUUUUUUUUUAAGGAGAUAUUGUUAAGAUCUAAAACCUGUCAUUUAAUGUUAUCUCCACCAGCAUCAGAGGGAAUCACUGUUUUCAGGGUGUUAUGUAAUGCCUAGUGCCUUCCGUUUUCGUGAAAAAGAGGUUUUGUGAAGGCAUUUACGGUCAUUACUGAAAAAUGAAUUAAAGGCCUUGGAUUUUAAAGCA